ACUGCUGCCGGCUGGUCAAUGUAAGCUCCAGGCCAGGUGCGUUCAGAAGAUAAAUGUGACUGCAGAUCCGCGCGGGCAUUAUGUAUAUUGAUGCAGAUGCACAAAUAAAUUCGGUUUUCUGAUCACAUACCGCGUUCCUGGCCCGUGCUUUUCUUUAUUCAGACUUGUCGUAAAAUCAUUGGCGUUCAUUGGCUAAUUUACCGCGGGUUGCAUUCGUCCGCAAUUCUUGAGCUUUUCCCCCCAGCAGAACACAAACAUGGAUUCAGACGAAGAAUUCUAUGAUGCUAAAGAGGUUUUCUCGCCUUGGGGUUCCACUGGUGUGGAAGGUGAUCCAUCCACACCGUCCCAAAACCACAAUGCCAUGAACGAUAGUGAAAUAUCCGAUCGCCCUGAGAAUGUUUCCACGCUUUCCAGGGAUAAUUCGCGCCGCUCAGCAAAAGACGUGAAACGCCAAUCAAUGGAUCCACUGUCGGCUCAUAUCAGCUAUCGCAUGAGCCAAUCCUAUGCUACACGAGUAACAUCCCCAUUACCGCCUACACAAGAGGAGGAGAACGAAUUACCGGAUGACCCUGUCCCAGACGGAAACGCCCUGGAAUCACAGCAUCCCACUCCAACUGCAGACGAAGCUUCCACGCACAGAUCUACAAAGUAAUAUCAUUUCUCUCACAAUUUGUUUUCAGUUUUUC